AUGGCUACCGAUAACAAAGUCACAAUGAUUAUGGAGUCAGCGAAAUCUCUUCUUUUGUGGCUUGAAGGAGUCGCCACUAUCAUCACGAUAUCAACUUUAAGUGCCAAGCCAAAUGCGCGAUCUUGA